ACCUCAAGGGCCUGGGGCCGUGCCUCGGGUGUACGCGUAGGGUGUGUGUGCUGGGGGUGGCUCACAGGGCAGCGUGGGUGAGCGGCGCAGCGGCGGCAGCGGAGAGCGAGAGAGGGGAGCAGGCAUCUGACCCUCCUUUAUGUGACUCAGAGAAAGGAGACCUCAUUCUGAGUUCUAGGAUUGAUUCUGGUGCCACUUGAAGAAUGGAUGAUGAUGAUUUUGGUGGUUUUGAGGCUGCGGAGACUUUUGAUGGUGGAAAUGGUGAAACUCAAACAACGUCUCCUGCUAUUCCUUGGGCUGCCUUUCCUACAGGGAAACAUGCAAUUUCCAUUGUGAACUGCCUUCCAGAGUUUAUGAUAGAACUUCACUGACGUUGCUACUGAUGCCAAUGUGGAAUAAAGUAUCUGGAGUCCAUCUUUCACCAUCAUCUCCUGAGAUUGUACUGGACCAUGACCACUCUUCUGCCAUUGGCUGCCUCUCUUCUGAUGCCAUUAUUUCAUCACCAGAGAAUACACCAGAAAAUAGCAUUAUGAGUCAGACUAUUCCUAAAGCACAGAUUCAGCAAUCAACACACACUCAUCUGGAUAUCUCACUUUUUCCAUUGGGUUUAACUGAUGAAAAAAGUAAUGGAGCAAUUGCCCUUGUGGAUGAUUCUGAGGAUCCUGGAGCCAAUGUAUCUAACAUACAGCUUCAGCAAAAAAUUUCAAGUCUGGAGAUUAAACUCAAAGUAUCUGAAGAAGAAAAACAGAGAAUUAAAAAGGAUGUGGAAUCAUUGAUGGAAAAGCAUAAUGUCUUAGAAAAAGGCUUUCUAAAAGAAAAAGAGCAAGAGGCCAUUUCUUUUCAAGAUAGAUACAAAGAACUUCAGGAAAAACAUAAACAAGAAUUGGAAGACAUGAGGAAAGCUGGUCACGAAGCCCUCAGCAUUAUUGUGGAUGAAUAUAAGGCACUACUGCAGUCUUCAGUUAAGCAACAAGUAGAAGCUAUUGAAAAACAGUACAUUUCUGCAAUUGAGAAACAGGCACACAAGUGUGAGGAGUUGCUAAAUGCUCAGCAUCAGAGGCUCCUUGAAAUGCUAGAUACAGAGAAGGAACUGUUAAAAGAAAAAAUAAAGGAAGCUUUGAUUCAGCAAUCUCAAGAACAGAAGGAAAUAUUGGAGAAAUGUUUGGAGGAAGAAAGGCAAAGAAAUAAAGAGGCAUUACUAUCCGCUGCAAAGCUUGAAAAAGAAGCAAUGAAGGAUGCAGUUUUAAAAGCCAUAGAAGAAGAAAGAAAAAAUUUGGAAAAAGCCCAUGCUGAAGAAAGGGAAUUAUGGAAGACAGAACAUGCAAAAGAUCAAGAAAAAGUAUCUCAGGAAAUUCAAAAAGCUAUACAAGAACAAAGAAAAAUAAGUCAGGAAACUGUUAAGGCAGCAAUAAUAGAAGAGCAGAAACGAAGUGAAAAGGCUGUGGAAGAGGCAGUGAAAAGAACAAGAGAUGAAUUGAUAGAGUAUAUAAAAGAACAGAAAAGGCUCGAUCAAGUCAUCCGCCAAAGAAGCCUGUCCAGUUUGGAACUGUUCCUCUCCUGUGCACAGAAACAGUUAAGUGCUUUAAUAGCUACGGAACCAGUUGACAUUGAAUAAAAAGAACACGACAAGCAAACCCACGCUGGCAUUGGAUACAUCAUAUUACACCUUCAAAAUACAUGCUCUGAAUUAUAAAGAUGUGUUUGUUUUCUUUCCGAAUCAUGUAGAAUUGAUUUCCAGUUCAAGGAUAAACCAAAACAAUAUUUAGAACUAUCAAGUGAUCUAAUUUAUGUUCUUUUGGUUUCUUCUUUACAUUUACUUUUCUUUUAUUAGUAGUAGUAGUAGCAGCAACAGAGUAUGAUACGACCCAAAAGCCAUUGUAAAGUGCCAUGUUAUCAAAAUUAAUUGAGUAAACUUUAUAGCCUGUGGUAGUCUAUUAUAUAUUAUUUUACAAAAGUAGUAAAUAUAUUAUUGUUUCAUGAUGACUCUUGAUGAGAUGCUAGAAUGUAAUCAUACAUUUCUCUUAUCUUGAGGAUAGAAAUAGCAUGGAUUUCAACAUCACCUGUUUAUCUGUAUAAUUGGAAAUGAAACACCGAUAUGAUAGAAAAUCAUUCCGGCAUUACCUAACCUCUUUUCUGCAGUUGGAUCUAUGUAUUUUCAUUGGUCUACUGAAAACAAACAAUACAAUUAAAAGCACUAAAGAUUAUUAUAUUAAUUCAGCUUUGAUCUGAUAUAUCACUUAAACUAAAGGGGUGUGUGUGGUAUAUCCCUGUUUCCUAUUUCUGCUCUUUAAAGGCACUUUGAAUCAAUGAAACCAUUAGUCUGCAAAUCAAAUUGUGAACUUAAUCCCUAUUUUUAGGAAUUCAGGUUCAAGUACAGGAUAUAUGAAAUCUUUUCCCAGUAUUUCAGAAUGUAUUUAAUUCACAGGCAGUAUACUUCAAUGCAAAAUCAUGAAUAUUUUUAAUUCAAAACUAAAAUGUCAUUAAUAUGUAUGUAUGCAAAUGUUUUAUCUUAUUUUCUGAAAUGCAUCUACUUUCUUGGGCUUUGUACUUUUUUGAGAUUUCUCAGUGUAAUAAAAAGAGCUCCCAAACUUA